AUGGCAUUAGUUGGUUUGUUGAUCCUCUGCUUUGUGAUUAGCUUCGAUAUGUCCCACUCUUGCCAGAAUGCUGACGACUUUGUGGGUGCUAGUUCUCCUGGGGACAUUGUUAUUGGAGCUUUAUUUGCAGUUCAUAGGAAAAUGCUACAUCCAGAUGAAUACUCCGUAAGACCAGUGUUUCAGAAUUGUGUUGGUUUUGAAAUUCAGGUGUUUCUUCAGACCCUGGCAAUGAUACAUGCUAUUGAAAUGAUCAACAAUUCAACACUAUUAUCUGGAAUUACACUGGGCUAUGAAAUCUAUGACACUUGUGCAGAAGUUACAAAAGCCAUGGGAGCAGCUGUGAGGUUCCUGUCUAAAUUCAACACGUCCAAGGAUGAGGUUGAAUUCAAGUGCAACUAUUCUGACUAUAUACCACGUGUUAAAGCCAUCAUUGGAGCCAGCUACUCUGAAGUAACAAUGUCAGUUUCAAGGCUAUUGAAUUUGCAACUAAUCCCACAGGUGAGUCAGGCAUCCUCUGCUGAAAUCCUCAGUGACAAAAUCCGAUUUCCUUCCUUUCUACGUACUGUGCCUAGUGAUUUAUAUCAGACAAGAGCAAUGGCCCGCUUGAUCCAUAUGUCUGGGUGGAAUUGGAUUGGAAUCAUAGCCACUGAUGAUGAUUAUGGGCGCUUUGCUCUGGAGAGCUUUGGGAUACAGGCCAUGGCGAACAACGUCUGUAUUGCUUAUAAAGAGAUGUUACCAGCCUUUCUCUCUGAUAGCACCAUUAAUGCCAAAGUUAAUCAAGCAUUUGAGAAGAUUAUCGAGGAAACCAGGGUAAACGUAAUUGUUGUUUUUAUGAGACAAUUCCAUGUGAUGAGACUAUUUCAAAAAGCCAUUGAGAGGAACAUAAAUAAAGUCUGGAUUGCAAGCGAUAACUGGUCAGCUGCUGUCAAGGUUAGCAUGAUUCCCUACAUCAAGCGCCUUGGAACAGUGGUGGGAUUUGCAUUCAAAAGUGGAAACAUAUCUACAUUCCAUGACUUCUUGAAAACUCUGCAUGCAAAGCCCAUGGAAAAUAACAAGUUUCUAAAUGAAUACAUGCUACUUUUGUCCGCCUGUGCCCAUGUAAAGGACCAGGAAUUGAAUAACUGCAUUUCAAAUUGCACCCAGGAGAGUUUAAUGUACAAGGCUGGAGAAAACAAUCAAACCUUGAAAGAUGAUUUUCUGAUUGCCAACAUUGAGCCUGGAUUUAUCCACAGUACUAUGCUGGCAGUCCAAACUAUUGCAUAUGCCAUUCGGGAGCAGUGCCAAGACAGGAAUUGCAAAAAUCCCUUUGCUUUUGCUCCCUGGGAGCUUCUUGAAAAACUGAAGAAAGUCAAAAUAACUGACCGUGAAAAAGAAGUUCAUUUUGAUGCCAAAGGAGACAUGAACACUGGGUAUGAUGUGCUCCUCUGGAAGGAAAUCAAUGGGCAGAUGGAGAUCACCAAUAUGGCUGAAUAUGACCUGCAGAAAGAUGAUUUUAUCUUCCCAGAUGAAGAGAAAAAAACUGAAUUUUUGAAUUUAAAGAAAUUUUGGUCAAAAUGUUCCCAGGAAUGCAGGCCAGGGCAAAUGAAGAAGGUUACAGCAAGUCCACACACAUGCUGCUAUGAGUGUGUGUAUUGCCCAGAGAACCAUUACAGCAAUCAGACAGAUAUGGAUCACUGCUAUCUAUGCAACAACAAAACUCACUGGUCCCCUGUGAACAGUACUAGAUGCCACAAAAAGACAGUACAGUACCUCAACUGGAAUGACUGGUUUGCUGUUUUGCUACUGAUCCUCUCUGGACUUGGGGUUGUUUUGAUUGUUAUAAUUAGUGCAAUAUUUACUAGAUACCUAGACACCCCAGUAGUAAAGGCAUCAGGUGGUUUAGCAAUCUGCUAUGUUAUACUCCUCUGCCACUUCUUCAUUUUUUUUAGCACUGGCUUUUUCAUUGGUGAACCAAGGGAAUUCAAAUGUAAAACAAGGCAAGCUCUCUUUGGCAUAAGUUUUGUCCUCUGCAUCUCUUGCAUUUUAAUGAAGUCACUUAAAAUUUUACUGGCCUUCAGCUUUGAUCCCAAGAUUCAGAAUUUCCUGAAGUCUCUCUACAAGCCUAUUCCCAUAGCAGUGACCUGCACUGGAAUUCAAGUUAUCAUUUGCACUUUCUGGGUAAUAUUUAGAAGCCCUUUUGUUGAACAAAAUUUUUCCAUUCGUGAAGUUAUUAUACUGGAAUGUAAUGAGGGUUCUAUUGUGGCUUUAGGAAUCAUGUUAGGUUAUAUAGCUACUCUGGCUUUUAUUUGCUUCAUAUUUGCUUUUAAAGGUAGGAAACUACCAGAGAAUUACAAUGAAGCUAAAUUCAUAACCUUUGGCAUGCUCAUUUAUUUCAUAGCAUGGAUUAUAUUUAUCCCUGUCUACACGACUACGUUUGGCAAAUACCUGCCUGCUGUUGAGAUCAUUGUCAUUUUAAUAUCAAACUAUGGAAUCCUCUGCUGCACCUUCCUUCCCAAAUGUUAUAUCAUACUGUAUAAGCAAGAGGCAAAUACCAAAUCUGCUUUUCUCAAAACGAUUUACAGCUAUUCUUCCAAGAGUGCAGGCAGCCUUACUGUUAGCCAGAUUUCUUUGGAGACCAAGUGUCCAGUCCCACAGUUUCCAAUCACAAACUCUUGUUGUAAAUCAGAAAAAAUCUCUGUGAAUGGCAACUACCAUUUUCAGAUGCCUGGGCAGAAAUUAAUAAGAGGGAAAUUAUCUCCAAAAAAUGUAGCUGGGAUAAUGCCCAGGAAGAGGUUGUCUAGCAUUUGACUAUGGAAAACUGGCCAGAUAGGGAAUGAACCCUUUUAGUGAAACAGGCUCUUGGUCUCCUCUCCUUCUAGUCUCCCUAAGGACCCUCUCCAGCCUCCAUAAGGUGUAGUGUUCUAGUAUGCAGGAAAAAAACUGCAGGUGGACAUCACUAGUUUAGGAGUUGCCUUCCUGACAUGCAAAAGGAAAACAUGCCCUUUAUUUUACAGAAAUAGGAGAGUGAAAGUGCUCAAAUAAUAUGGGACUGGAAGGGACUUUUGGGGGCAUGGAGUCUAGUCCCUGCCAUGGCUGGCAACCACAUCAUAUCAUCCCUCCAAAAAUGUAUGCCGCUGCACUCCAUGGUAAAAUAGUGACUGUUUUUUUCAUCCCAACUUAUCACUACUUUUGUGAGUAGAACCCUUCUGAUUCUCAGUCUGAUUUUCACCUGAGCCAACACUGCCCUUUAGCUUAAAUACCUCUUCUUCCUUCCCCUGAACUCUUUAUAGAGAGUAAUCAUACUUCCUCUCAGCCUCAAUUUUGCCAAGCUAACCACACUAAACUCUUUUAGUUUCCUCUAAUAAGGCAGUCUCUUAUUCCCUGCUAGCCCUUCUCUGCACCUGUAUAGAUUAGACUGAAUCAUUUUUAAAUGUGGAUGCCCAGAAUUACAAACAGUAUUCCACAUGUGGUCUCAUUAGGGUCUUGAACAACGGCCUUAAAUUUCCCUAUACUUACCAUGGAAAUGAAUAGUCAAGAAGACAAACCAAUUUAAAUAUUAAGGACAGCUAUGUAACUACAGUAAUCUUUAUCCUCCUUCUCUCUACCCCCUCCCCUCCAGUAGUAUAGUUAUAGUUCCAGUGUAUGCCAAAGAAAGACUCUAUUAAGAUAGAGGUAUCAAACUCAUUUUGGGUCCUGGGUUGGAUUUGGACCACAGGACUCCUUAUGGAUCAGAUCCAGCCUGGAGCAUGAGGAAGAGACAGUGGUCAAAGCCAGCAUGGCAGUGGCAACAACAGCCAUUGCAGCAACAGCAGCACCUACCACAUCCACCACAGUUUCAGUGGCCACUGCAGUGGCAGUGGUAGAAGCCGUGGUGUCCCAGGUGGCUGUAGGGUGAUUAAGGGCUGUGUUGGAUGGCUCUCAUUCCCCCCCUGCCACUGAUGCCCAUGUCCACUGGGACCCUGAGGCCCCAGAUCCUGCAGCAGCCUAUGUCCCCUUCUAGCCAUGCCUCCAAACUCUCCAGCUUACUGUGCUGCAUCCAGCUUUCAAAUCAUGUGUUUGACAUCCUUGAAUUAAGGGAAGCUGCCCUAGAUUGCUUGUCCAGAGCUGUUGUCUUGUCCAAAGAAGGUAGAAAUUUGUAUUCAAAUUUAUUAUUAGCAUGCACUUAGCAAUAAAGAAUUCUCUGAAAUAAAUAACGAUGGAUAAAAUCUAUGCAAAAAGAGUUAGGGAGAUCUUACCUUUUGUAAUAGUAUAAAAGGCUGAUCUUAAAAACAACAAAACAGCAUCUCUGACACCCAGCAGUAGCACAAAUGUUAACUAACAUUAAUUAAAGAUUUGUCCAUGUGAGAAAAGCCUCUGCUGCCUAGGUGCACUAGUAGAGCCCCCUGGUAGAUAUGCAGUGUACUCUGUCAGAAAGGGUGAAUCCAGAUGAGCAUGCACAUCCAGUGGCAUAUUCGUGCCACCGCUUUGUGCCCCAGGGCACACCCCUACACCUGCACUUCAGUGCAUGCCAAAUCAUCCCAG